GGAGCGAUUUUUCCGUGCGCUUACUUGCUCUUUGACUCCUGUCAUGGCGGCAGAAGCCGGUGGAGGAGAACCGUUGGUGAAGUUCGUUAAGCUGAGCGGGAGAGCGGCAGGCUCUAAGAAGAAGGUACGCUGGUUUCCAGUUAGGCGACUCUUCACUCACUCCUGUCCCAGCCUCAGGAUUCCUAGCAGGUUUUUAAGAGAAGGACGGAGAUCUCCCCCAGCAAGGAGCGGUCACCGAUGUGUGGCAGAUAAUACUAAUCUUUACGUGUUUGGAGGUUACAACCCAGACUAUGAUGAGUCUGGAGGGCCAGAAAAUGAAGACUACCCUCUAUUUAGAGAACUCUGGCGAUAUCAUUUUGCUACAGGCAUGUGGCAUCAGAUGGGCACAGAUGGUCACAUGCCAAGGGAGUUGGCAUCUAUGUCAUUGGUUUUACAUGGUCACAAUCUUUUGGUGUUUGGAGGUACUGGAAUCCCAUUUGGCGAAAGCAAUGGUAAUGAUGUUUACGUCUGCAAUGUGAAGUACAAAAGGUGGUCAAAGCUAAACUGCAGAGGCAAGAAACCCAACCGCAUUUAUGGGCAGGCAAUGGCAAUUAUACAUGGCUUUCUGUAUGUAUUUGGAGGAACCACUGGUUACAUAUACAGUACAGAUCUACACCGACUUGAUCUUUCAACCAGGGAAUGGAUUCAGCUAAAGCCAAACAACCCCCCUUGUGAUUUACCUGAGGAGAGGUACAGGCAUGAGAUUGCACAUGAUGGACAGAGGAUCUAUGUUUUGGGUGGAGGCACAUCUUGGACAGCUUACUCGUUAGAGAAGAUCCAUGCCUACAACUUUGAAACAAACACAUGGGAGGAUAUUCCCACAAAGCCAUAUGGAAAUCUAGGUUUCCCAGCGGCCAGAAGAUGCCACAGCUGUGUCCAAAUAAAAAAUGAAGUGUUCAUCUGUGGAGGCUAUAAUGGCUUGGUUAUCUUAGGAGAUCUCUGGAAGCUGGAUUUGCAGACGUUCCAGUGGACAAAGCUUCCUGCCCUCAUGCCUGAACCUGCUUAUUUCCACUGUGCAGCAGUGACACCGGCUGGCUGCAUGUAUAUUCAUGGAGGUGUUGUUAACAUUCAACAAAACAAAAGAACUGGAUCUUUGUUUAAAAUCUGGCUGGUGGUACCGAGUUUGCUGGAACUUUGCUGGGAAAACCUGUUAAAGUAUUUCCCUCACCUUUGCCAGCUCCCGACACACCAGCUCCUGCAGCUUGGACUCUCACAGGAGCUUAUAGAACGAUUAAAAUGAUGCCCCCCAUCUAUACACAGUCCAUCUGGCUCCCAACUACAGUUCAGCUAAGCAAUGGUAGGAGCCCAGGAAAGAAGCAUGCUGCUAGCAAGAAUGGAGCCCCCUGGGCCUUACAUAGACACAACAUCAGUGGCCUUUAUUCUGUUUCAUAUUUAGGAAAACCAGCACAUUUGUCAGUGGUAUUUAUCCAACUGCCUAUACUGGACAUGGCAUGGAAACUUUUAAGACUAUUUAUUCUUGUGCUUUUAAGUUAUUUAUUUCUGUUUUCUGGGGGGAAAAAACUUUUUUUUUUUUUUCAUUUUGGAUUACCAUCCUGCAUAUGUUUUUAAUUUGUCGCCUCGUUCCAAGUCCUAAUUGGAAUAUGUUUUAAAGAUUGUUGGCUCUCCUUAUCACCCAGCACCACUCUGACUUUUCUUAUUCCAGCUGCCUGUUAAGACUGAUGCUCGUUGAAAGUACAUAGCUCUAAAUUUUAGCCUGUGUAUCUGGUUGCUUGAACUGCUGGCAUGGUAAUGACAGAUGAAGUAGCCCCAAGAGCUGGCUUUCCUAUGACUUUAUACCAUUGAAAUGAGUAAUUGUGCCAGAUACCGCUCUCAUGUAAUCUAUCCAGAUGUAAUUCUGAGACCUCCGACUGACCUGUAACCAAGAUUUAGAAAAGGGGAUUUCACCUUUUAAUUCAACUUGCUGUGCGGCAGUUAGGCCUAGUCUAAGCAGAUUUGACAUUUUCACAGGUUCAACCAAUUGCUUUUUUGAGAGUCUUCCUCCAAUGUUUAAAUUAAAGUGCAGUCUUAUUCUAUUGCCAGGGAUCACAGAAAGCAAAUGGAAAAUAUUUUGACAACAUUUUGUUCUUGUUGGGGUCAGCAACCCUAUGGACAAGAUAGCAGUAAUGGAAAUCUGCAGAACAAAAAUGAGCUUCAAAUUGAAAAAUUAUUUUGGUGCACCGCUGCUUUACAAAUGUUCAUUAAAGGCGAGGUUCCCCUUGAACAGGAAAUGGCUGGCAUACAACUAUAUGCUUGGCAACCCUCAAACUGUUUACUAUCCAAACAGAGGCAUAACGCUCAGCAUUGUCAAACCCCAUAAUGAACUUGAGUAGCCAGAGCAGCAUAUUUCCAUCUUAUCAGCUACCAAACCAGCAAUGAAAUGAGUGAGAGGUAGGCAUGAAUAGAACCUUAUUUAUUCAGCCUUUGAUGCUUAGCCCCCACAUGUCACAUCUUAGGUGCAGGCCCUCCAGUCUCCCUAAGUCCAGGAUUGUUCUGCAUCAGAGUUGUACAUUGGAUGCCUUGAAAUGCUUUUACUAGCAGGGACAAUACUUUUACUUUUUCUUUUAAUUUCCCUUUACCACAAUAAGAAACAUUAUUUUACCUACAUUUUCCUCCAAUAAAUGACGCAUUACCCCUU